AUGGCGGCGAUUUCGAGUGAGCUCGAGACUGAGCUUAGGGCCACUCCUAAUCUUUAUGGAAAUCUAGUAGCAAAUACAGCAGCUGGUAUUGCUGGAGGCACUGGUGUCAUGCCAGGAGGAAAUGUGGGUGCUGAUCAUGCUGUUUUUGAGCAAGGUGCUUCAGCAGCAAAUGUAGGGAAUGAAAAGCUAUGGGAACAAAAGACUGCCAAUCCAGCUGCAUUGCUCCUGUCAUCAGCCAUGAUGUUGAGGCAUCUCCAGUUUCCCUCAUUUGCUGAUCGACUUGAAACAGCCGUGAAACGUGUAAUUUCAGAAGGCAAGUACCGUAACAAAGAUCUUGGUGGAGUGAGCACUACCCAAGAGGUCGUUGACGCCGUUAUUUCUCAUCUGGACUGAUUGACUGCUAACAUGUCCAUUGUGUUUAUCUUGGCUAUAUACUUCAUGCAAUUGUUUACCCAGUGUCACACAUGGUUUCAUUUAUAAUGGUUCUUUUACAUCAUUAGUAGGUUAUCCUACAUCUGUCAAAA